AUGAAAGAAAAUCCAUAAAAUGUCUAUUAAGAGAUUAAUAGUUAAAUUUCGUUUUAAGAGAUUCAUGAAUCAUAAGUCUUUAUUCUAGAAUAGUAAAAGAUGUCCAUGUUUUCACAAGAAAGCCUAGAUAAUUAACAUUAAAUUAGUAUUAUCCUUUAUCAUAUCUAAGUCCUUGCUCAAAAUAAUAUUAUUUUGUUUGAUGAAAUCCAAUCAGAAUAAGAUAAACAUUGUUCCAACGAAUUACCUAACUUAAUGUUAAAAAAACCAAGAAAGAAGAGAAAACAAUAAUUCAAUUGUGAUAAUAAAAGAAAAAGAAGAUCUUCAAAAAAAUAGGUAUAAAUAUAUGCAAUAUUGUUUAGAUAUCAAAAAUUAAGGGAAUAAAUACUUUCUCUUUCUAAGAUGACAAAGCAAUAUUGCUUUAUGUAUUAUAAUUUGGUCCUAAAUUCAUGAAAAUCAUUAAGUUUUUUCCAACAAAAACUAUAAGCAUGAUCAAGAAUAGAUAUUAUAAAUUUUUAGGAUACAGAUGGGAUUCAGUUUUAGGAGAGUAUAUAUCCUUCUAAUUUAGAUCAUAUGGAUAUCUAAACUAACAAGAACAUUAAAUUAAAGAAGGAAAUUAAAAUAAUGGUAAAGAAGAAACUCAAAGUUUCAGAAAUUAAGAAUUUAAUAAUUAGUACUUAUUUUAGAGUUUUGAUUUGUGA